AUGGUUUCGAGGAAAGGCCAGUCGUCACGGCCUGAUACGAGCGAGGGCUUCCGGCCUGGGAAUAAAUUGAGACGGCAGGCUCUGCACGUGCGACGCAAGAAGACCCAGAACGAAGAGCGGCAUAAAGAGCGGCACAGUCGGAGGAAGGAAGAGACGAGAGAUCCCAAGCUCAAGGCUGAGCGGCUACGACAGAACAUUCCGUUGACGUUGGAGAGAAAACGGCAAUGGGACGAGGUAGACAGUGAUACGGAAAAUGUACUGGGGGUCAGCAUUGAUUUCGAGCGAGUCAAACGUUUGAAAGAUGAACCCGAGCAGGAGCAGCUGGGGGGGGAGGAGGAGGUUGAACAAGAUAGCGCCGAGGAUGAUGAGGACGAAGUUGACAGCAUGAUCGCUACGAGCGAUGAGGAGGAGGAUGACGACGAUGAAGGGGAAGAUGAUGAUGAAGAUAAUGACACAGAGAAAAAGCGUGGGCGACCGAAAUCGAGCCUUCCUACGGCGACAGAUCGCGCGACGAGUCCGACACAUUCGACCAAGAGCACGAAUCUGAAUCUCGCUCCAGAAGCACUGGCCGAGAAGUUCCCGACGCUGUUCUCUAUGGAGAACCCGAAGACGCCCAAGAUUCUAGUCACAACAGGGCUUAAUGGUACCCUCCACGAUCAGGCCAAUACAUUGACCAGCCUGUUCCCGAACAGCGUGUACAUCCGACGGACUGCGCACCGGCAUGCACAUAAGUUUUCUAUCCGCGAGAUCUCGUCCUUCGCAGCGAACCGCAAUUUUACCGCUCUUGUGGUUCUUCAGGAGGACCAGAAGAAGCCAUCUGGACUGACGAUAGUACACCUCCCCCAAGGCCCGACAUUCCAUUUCACGAUCAGCAACUGGGUUGAUGGCAAGAAGCUUCCCGGCCACGGAAACCCGACAGACCACUGGCCAGAGCUAAUUCUCAACAACUUCCGCACACCGCUGGGCCUGCUGACUGCGCACCUGCUGCGGACGAUGUUCCCACCGCAACCGGAGUUCGAGGGCCGUAACGUGAUCUCGUUCUCGAACCAGCGUGACUACAUCUUUGUGCGGCGACACCGGUACGUCUUUCGCGAGAAGCGGGAAAGGGAGAAGAGUGUUGUGGGUAGCGACGGGCAGGAGAUGAAGGGGGCGGAAGGCAUCAAGGUCGGUCUGCAGGAACUGGGGCCGCGUCUGACACUGAAACUGCGGCGGGUCGACAAGGGCAUCCAGCGUGCGAGCGGGCAGGAAUGGGAGUGGAAGGGGGGAUUGGAGAAAGAGAGAACCAAGUUCCAACUUUGA